GCGGUUUUAUGACAUCUGUGUUUCGGUGUGAAGAUGGCUGAACGUGAAGCGCUAAAGAGAGAAAUAGAGGAAUUGCAAAACCUCAUUAAGGACUUUAAAAGAACUCAUGGUGAUGUUCCCUCCAGUUCCACCCAGUGGGGUCGUGCCAGACAUGGUUCGAGGAGGGGCCGGGGCCAGAGUCGGGGUCAUGCCUCACACUCAUAUUCAUCACUGCCACAACCGUAUGCGCCUCAUUCUUCUGGCAUCUGGAGGAAAACAUACUCGCUUAACAACAAGACCAACAGGACAGUUGGGAAGCAUGUGUUUCACCCAGCUGUGGACCACCUGAACCAGCCUCACCACCAUUUCACUACAUCUGGAUCCACUGCUACUGUGAAUAGUGCUGGAACUGUUGGAAUCAACAGUGUGUUAUUAAAAAAGUUACCUGCUGAACAAACCACAGAACAAUCUACAACGUCUUCACUCGAUGUCCAAAGUGAGACCUCAAAGGAGAGGAAAAGUGAAGUAAGUGGAAAGAGGACUAUGCUUUUACCUUCAACAGGAAAAAACGAUCAUGGCUGCUCAUCUACCCAUGCACUGACUGACUCUGCUUCAACAUCAGACCCUGAAAUGAAGAUAAAACCCACUUUGAAAUCAUCAUCAGUUGUGAACAAUCCCUCUAUACCUUCACCUGUGAAACCUCCAGCUCUAGUUCAAGUCAAACCACACCUUUCCACUGCUGCCUUAUCCAAUAGGACUGUCGUAAUGCCAACAGCCAAUAGAGAUUGUACUAUGGCUUCUUCUGCCUCUAACCUUCAGCCUCAGGCUUGCUUGAGUCCCACAAAGCUCCAGCUUAAGCUAGACUCAACUCAGACAUGUGUAGCCUCGCCAUGUCAUAAGGGAUCUCAGUUUACUUGGGUGAAAAAUCAAGAGAUGGUAAACAUAAAAAGCACACUUAAGCCAGUGACCUCUGGAUGCUCUCCUGGGACAGCCACUGUCAAACGAGUUUCCAGCUGCAAUAAGAGGGUGUCUCGCAAGCCUAAUCUGUCCCUUGGAGCUCCUAAGACCUCAAAGUACACCUGGGUGUCUUCCUCUUGUUUCUUGUCAACAGCUUGGAAAGCAAACACUUCAACGAAAACGCCACACAAGCCCCUUUCACCCAAAUCUCUUAAAGUCCCUGUAAGGACAUCUCAAGGUGGACCAGAGGGACCAAAGAAAGAAAAGAGAUGUGCCACAACUUUAACAACGUUAUCAAAAAAGUCUAAAGCUACAGGUGCCUCCACAUCCCAUGCUGGCCAUGCCAGCCGCUAUCGCUGGAAGGCGGCUGGACAAAACACAACAGCAAAUGCAUCUAGCCAAACUUCUAGGACUACCCAUAAGGGCACAGUCUAUCGAUGGACAGCUAACAAGAAUGGUCAAAAAGGGGAAAAGGGAUCUGCUCUGUUCUCAAACCCCACCCACAUGAACUCUACUACCACCCCACUGUCAGCUGGUGCUUUUAAGCUCAGAAGCCGAACCAAGAUCAUUAGAAGAUCUGCUAGCAAGUGAGAGUUUUGUUUUGUUAAGAUUGUGAUGUGUAUAUACAUCACAAAUGUAUAUAUAUAUACUAUUAUGACAGGGGAUGUGAGAAGUCAGAAUCAAUUUUAGGCAUGCACUGAUAUUGAAAUUUUUGCUGGCCCGAUCAUGCUAUGGGC